AUAUCUCUCGUCGCUGCGUGCCCUGCUACUCGACCGUUAGAUUUCAAAAACAAAAAGAAACCCCCAACCCGUCCCACUCAGAGCGGAGAAGAGAAUGGGCUGCAUCUCCUGCAAAUUACUCCCCGCCGGCGAUCCCCAUAUCUUUUCCGGUGACAAAUACUCCAUUACCAUCGCCAAAAACGCCGGCGAUCUCCCCAACCACUGCGUCUCUCUCACCUCCUCCACCUAUGGCGUCCUCAACCUCGAUCCCUUCGAAAACCAGACCCGGUUUCAAUCUCCCAAAAGCUCCAUUCCCAACACCAUCCCAAAGCUCAAAAAGCCCCAAUCUUUCUCCGACUCCUCUCCGGAGAUCAUCAACUGGAUCCUCGCAGACGAUCAAGAAGACGCCGGAAUUCACAAAAGGUCAAAAUCGCCGCCGUUUUUCCACACCCCAUCUCCGGAGAAACACAAAAAGUUCUCCGGAAAAGAGAACAAAACUCCCCGCCUUCGCACCGACCCCAGCCGAGUUCUAAAACCUCUGAAUCUCUCAGAAAAGAAGAAAUCCGGCUCAAAGAGAAGCUUAUCUCCCCUGUUCGAUCCAGAUCUCGUGGCCUCCUUCGAGCGGGAGCUCAAUUCCGAGGUUGAACAGAUCAAGCGAAUGGUCGCCGGAGGAAGAAGGAAGGAAGAAGAUGAAACCGCAGGUCUUCUUCUCUCUCUUGAAGAAAAGUGCCCUCCGGGAGGAGAGAAGGCGGUGGUGCUCUACACGACCAGUUUGAGAGGGAUUAGAAAGACAUACGAAGACUGUAAUUUGGUUCGUUCUUUGAUCGCGUCUUAUAACGUUUGUGUUAUCGAAAGGGAUGUUUCUAUGGAUUUAGGGUUUCGGGAGGAGCUGAGAAGCUUGAUGGGAGGGAGCAGAGAGUUAAAAAUGCCGGUUUUGUUUGUGAAGGGGAGAAUGGUGGGUGGAGCGGAGGAAGUUUUGAGGCUUGAAGAAGAUGGAAAAAUGGAAUUUUUGAUGGAGGGGAUGCCUAAGGGGGAGAUGAGGUGUGGAGAGUGUGGGGGGAUGAGGUUUGUGAUGUGUAAGGAAUGCAAUGGGAGCUGUAGGGUUUUGGAUGAGGGGAAGAAGAAGAAGGUGAGGUGUGGUUUGUGUAAUGAAAAUGGGUUAGUUUAUUGUCCAUCUUGUAAUAAUAAAAUAGUUGUGUGACCGCACGUCCGAAUGACUUUCUCUUUGUAAUAAUAGUGGGUAGGGAGGUUAGAUUGAUUAUUUAGCUUGUGAGCUAAAGAUGUAUGAUUUAGCUAUAUUGUCGUCAUUUACUGAUUUUAUGUGUGGAAUUUACAUGUA